GCGUACACCCUUCACAAACAACGCCUUCGGGUGAUUGGACGAGACGGUGGGGUAAAAAAUGAUCCGGUGUAAAGAACAGUGCCCCUGUUAAUUACAGGAAAAUGGCGCUGUCGUCUGCAGGAGGAACAAAGAAGAAAGUUUGCUAUUAUUACGAUGGCGACGUUGGUAAUUAUUACUAUGGCCAGGGUCAUCCCAUGAAACCCCACAGGAUCCGUAUGACCCACAACCUCCUGCUCAACUAUGGACUGUACAGGAAGAUGGAGAUAUAUAGACCCCACAAGGCCAGUGGAGAGGAGAUGACCAAGUACCACAGUGACGACUACAUAAAGUUCCUGCGUUCCAUCCGGCCAGACAACAUGUCAGAGCACAGCAAACAGAUGCAGAGAUUUAAUGUGGGAGAGGACUGCCCAGUGUUUGACGGCCUGUUUGAGUUCUGUCAGCUGUCAACGGGAGGCUCUGUCGCGGGGGCAGUGAAGCUGAACAAGCAGCAGACGGACAUCGCCAUCAACUGGGCCGGAGGACUCCAUCAUGCCAAGAAGUCUGAGGCCUCUGGGUUCUGCUACGUCAACGACAUAGUCCUCGCCAUCCUGGAGCUGCUCAAGUACCACCAGAGGGUGUUGUACAUAGACAUCGACAUUCACCAUGGAGACGGGGUGGAAGAGGCUUUCUUCACCACAGACCGGGUCAUGACGGUGUCCUUCCACAAGUAUGGAGAAUACUUCCCUGGUACCGGAGACCUGAGGGACAUUGGAGCAGGGAAGGGGAAGUACUAUGCUGUAAACUACCCUCUCAGAGACGGCAUCGACGAUGAGUCUUACGAAGCCAUCUUCAAACCUGUGAUGGCUAAAGUGAUGGAGAUGUUCCAACCCAGUGCAGUCGUGUUACAGUGUGGAGCCGACUCUCUCUCAGGAGACAGACUGGGCUGUUUCAACCUGACCAUCAAAGGUCAUGCUAAGUGUGUUGAGUACAUGAAGAGUUUCAACCUGCCUCUGUUGAUGUUGGGAGGUGGAGGUUAUACCAUCCGUAACGUGGCCCGCUGCUGGACCUAUGAGACCGCUGUGGCUCUGGACAGCAUUAUACCUAACGAGCUGCCUUACAACGACUACUUUGAGUACUUUGGUCCUGACUUCAAGCUCCACAUCAGCCCGUCUAACAUGACCAACCAGAACACCAAUGAUUACCUGGAGAAGAUCAAACAGAGGUUGUUUGAGAACCUGCGCAUGCUGCCCCACGCCCCGGGGGUUCAGAUGCAGGCCAUCCCAGAAGACGCUCCACACCCGGACUCUGGAGAUGAGGAGGACGAGAGCCCUGACAAACGCAUCUCCAUCUGGGCCCAUGAUAAGAGGAUAGCCUGUGAAGAGGAGUUCUCUGACUCUGAGGAUGAGGGACAGGGAGGAGGGGGAAGGAGGAACGCUGCCAACCACAAGAAGACCAAACGAGUCAAGACUGAGGAGGAGAAAGAGAAGGAGGCAGAGGAGAAGAAAGAUGUGAAAGAGGAGAAAGAGACAGAGGAGAAGAUGGACACAACAGGGCCCACAGAAGAAACGAAGACGUCCUGAAGUGGGAUAAACAGGGGCUUCCAGUUGUGAAUCUAAUCAAUCGAAAUGGACUGUAAAUUAUUCUCUUAACACAGUUUUUAGUAUUUCCUCAAACAGUCAAAACGUUUUAGCCUGUGUCAGUGUUGAAAUGCUCUUUUAUUAACUCAUGUCUCUGCCACCGAUUUAAAUGUCGUUGUUUUUUUAUACCGUGUGUUUAGUUAUGGAGCCUGAGGAUCUGAAGCAGUAGGGUCCCAUUUCAACAGUCUAAAAAGCCUGGUUGGGAUUCAAUCCAAGUUCGUGCUGUGGUGUACACUGCUCUCUAACAGACGUACGGUCGCUUCAAAUCUAAUUUAUUUAUAUAGCCCUUCGUACAUCAGCUGAUAUCUCAAAGUGCUGUACAGAAACCCAGCCUAAAACCC